AUGUCGGCUGCCGCUGCUUCCUCCUCGUCGUCUCCCUGGCCGCUUCCACCGAUGAGCUACGAGCCGCGGCCAGCAGCGCCCGUCCGGUCACUCCUGCCAAAGAGGAUCGACGUUGCGCAGCUCACACCCAACAACCUCGGUCAGCUCCGAAAGCUCAACAGCGUCCUCUUCCCUGUCCAAUACUCUGAACGCUUCUACAAGGAUGUGCUGCUUCCUGAUGCAGCCGAGGUCUGCAAACUCGGCUUGUUCAACGACGUAGCCGUGGGCACCAUUUGCUGCCGCCUAGAACAUGUCUCGAAGGACGUCGUUCGCAUUUACAUCAUGACCCUCGGCGUUCUCGCCCCGUAUCGACGUCUGGGCAUCGCAUCAGCUCUCUUGCAGCACGUUCUGGAUCAUGUCAGCCCAGGAAAGGAGAUCCAGAUCAUCGACCCGGAAACACCUGUUCCAAAACCCAAGAAAGACAAGAAUGGCAAGGAGAUCAAAGCAGAACUUGUCAAGAAGACCGUCAAGGUGGACUCCAUCUACCUCCAUGUCCAGACCUCCAACGACGAGGCGAGGGUGUUUUACGAGAAGUUCGGCUUCAAAGUAGCAGAGACAAUAGAGAGCUACUACCGAAGGAUCCAGCCCGCCAGCGCCUGGGUUCUGCGACUCCAGUAG